AGAAGAUGAAUUCAAAUCACGUGGGCGAUUGAUUGGUAACACUUGUGAAGAAGUUUGGGAUAAUUGGUUUCAAGCAAAUAAGGAUAAUCCUUAUGAGGAACCGCCAAAAGAGAUGCCAGAUGAAUUGAGAGAUCAAUAUACACUUUAUGGAAGAAUACCAUUGUUAAAGGCAUAUUACAAUGAAAAAAGUGUGCCUAAAGCAGCCGUUUGGGAUACAGUUGAUGAACUAAUGACUCUACCAGAAGCUGAACUUUUCCAGAGAUCCACUUACAAAGAAAGAACAAAAGUCGUUUAUUCAGCACUCUCAUACUUUCAAGAGUAUUUUAAGGGAAAAAGUGGAGCUGUAAUUGGAUCUCAAAGACCGUGGGCUGAGGUUUACGCAUUGAGACACGGAGCCGCCGCUGUGCUCACUGUUGAAUAUCAGAAAACGAAGAUCAAGACAAAGCAGCCACUCAGCUGGAUUCAUCCACUCGAUUUGGCAAAGAAUUGGACAAACUUUCAAGAGAAGUGGGAUUUCGUGAUUAGUUUCUCAUCGAUCGAACACAGCGGACUUGGAAGAUAUGGUGACACUCCUGAUCCAUGGGGUGACCUUCGAGAAGUCGCCAAAAUGCAUUGUCUUUUGAAGCCUGGCGGUGUGAUGUUGCUUGGUUUGCCCGUAGGUGAUGACGCCCUUGUUUGGAAUGCUCACCGAAUAUACGGAUCGAUUCGAUUACCGUGGAUUAUGCAAGGAUUCGAAUUGCUGGGUGUAUUUAGUUUGAAAGGAUCAGAAACACAAAUGACAACUGGCUUCCCGUGGAGAAAUAUCGAACCAAAAAAGACAAUUGACUGGUAUUCAUUCAUUCAACCGGCUAUCAUUCUACAAAAAGUCAGAGAC